CCUUGGUGAUGGUAACAGUGUCCCCGACCCUCCCAGUGGCGUCCUGUGUACUAUACCGAGUGCACGAUCCUGUCUCCGUGUUUAUAUCUAGUGUCGUCAGUCAUGACCACCACACUGGGGCGAGACCUGCUGACAUCCCCUCUGCUGCUCCUACUGACACUACUGCUGGUGCUCUGCUACAGCGACGAGGGGGGACCUCCGAGUACCCAGCAGGGCCUCAUAUCAGCCAGUAAGAGUCAGUCACUUCCCCUGAAGGACACAACCAACCAAGACCACGAGGUUAAGUCUGUCACGCCCGACAACACCGCCAUCUUACUGCCUACUUCACGUCACACGCCAGAUAACCUGAACCAAACUUCUGCCACACACCAACACACAGUCAGUGCACAUCUCACAUCCCAGGAUCAAUCCUCGCAACGUGGCGAUGGUGAGAAAGUUGGUGAUGGGUCAGUGACACCUGCUUCAGGAGGCCGGGAUGAGGAAGUACCUGUGGUGAGUGACAUUGAUGUGGAGGCAACAGUAUCUUCAGUGUAUAACGAUGGUAGUCAGUAUUACCUCAGUGGCGGACUAUCAGCACGAGGCAGGAGAUCCUCGCCCACCGCGGCCCACUACCCGCCAAGCUCACCCUUCACCCAUGACAGCUGGCCCUCCACCCACUACCCACCGGACUCGCCCUCUACCCGUGACAGCUGGCCCUCAACGCUCACCGCUGACACAACACUGAGUCUUGAUGACAUCGUCCAGUCUUGGUCCAGCACCGACCACAUGCUACUCUGUGGUCAUCCUCCUCCAACUUACACGCCACAGUUUCUUGGUCACUCACGAGAAGUUUGUACAGAAAACAGAAAUAAGCCAAAAUCUCUCGGUACCCCAGACACUCUCAGUAUGUGUUACGAUAUAUAUUCCUCAAUUUAUGGUAAUAUAGAGCCAUUAUACGAUUUACAGGUAUAUGGUGAUAUUAUGCAAUUAAUUAUAUAUUACGAUGAAGUCUUUAUAAAUAUUUGCUUGCCAUUGUUUAGAAGAUUUGAUGUUUGUAAAGAGAGAGACUUUUUGACUAUAUGUAGGAAUGACACUGUGGGAUUCUUACAUUACCAUGACUGUCAGGUUCCUCAUGAGGGGAAAGAAACAUUUGCGAAGGUUCUGGCCAGAUUUUUGAUGCACAACGACUCAGAAUGUUGCCGGGAACACUGCGAAGGAACCCUAAAGGUCACUCAUUCGGCAGCGGGUGAGGUCCCUUUCUUAGUCUUUAAUAACCCACUACGAGUAACUGGUCCCUCGUGUGUCUUCAUGAGCUACAGUCUUGAUUAUCUUCGUGGUAUAUACAAUGAAACAUUAUAUAUAACAAGCAACACUCAGUGGCCGUGUUGUUACGCCAUGUUCACGGUGAUGUGGGUCGGUGAUCCUGACGCGCAGGGGCUGAACGGUGCCUGGAGUUACCUGCCAGUGUCUUGUCGGGCAGGGGAGGUGGUGCUGAUGGUAAUGGUGGCGGGCGUGGCGGUGAGCGGGGUGGUGGGGAACCUGGUGGUGGUGGUGGUGAUGCUGAGUGGCGGACACAGAGGUCAGGAGUCCAAUAUGCUCCGGACCUCCCUCGCCCUCGCAGACUUACUCACAUCUCUCUUCGUCGUGGUUCCUUCCCUCUGCCACCAUAUUGCUCCUUUAUUUUACCCAAAUGAACUAACAGAAUUAUCAAGUGAUAUGGCCCUCAACUUUGAUCCUGAAAAUAUCCUAAAUUCCACAAAUGACAUAAAACGGGUAGGUAACCAUGCCAUCCUUCGUGACGGGUUCCAUGUGUUUCAGUCUGUGUUAUUUAGCACGUGUUCCAUCGUGUCUGUGUUGACACUCUUCAUGUUAAGUUUGGAGAGAUUCAUCCUCACUGGACGACCGCUUCACUACCAGGAAUAUUUCACAGUGGGGAAGGUACAGGUGAUCAUUGGUCUUACCUGGAUAAUGAGCUUCAUUGAUGCCUUAAUGUUCGCUGCAGACCGCGACGGUCACCUGGGGGCACAGUGGUCCACCUUCAAUAAGCUGCCAACAGGUGUAGCGGGAAGAUCACCGGAGAAUUUAGCUUAUGAAAUUAUUUAUAAUUCUCAAAUUACACUUUUGAUGGUGGGAGGAGUUUCCACAGUAAUAUUUUCGUUGUUGUCAAUCAGGAACUUCGUGAAGGAACAGAAGCGGGUGGCAGCAGAGUGGAAGAGUUUGAGUCUGAAGGUGGGGGGGCGGUAUGAAGAGGAGACCCGCUACAUAAUGGUGACUAUGUUGCUCAUGUUGAUGUUGUUUCUUGUGUCCAGCGUCCCCUUAAUGGUCGAAGUAUAUUUUAGAACUUUCUCUCAUUUCUUUCACUAUGAUGCUGUGUACUCUUAUCUGGCCUGGUGGAUGUUUGUGGCGGGGUCAGCGUGGAACCCUUGGCUCUAUAACCUACGCAGUCAUCAGUUUAGGAGCGACUUUAGUGAGACGCUGAGGAAGCUUGUGCCAGAGAGACUCAACAAAAGGUUACGGAAGUACGUCACUCACUCACAGCUGUGGAACAAUUCUAGUGACCUUGAUAACCAGGAUAGACUGAUGAAACUCUUGGACAAAUUGGGACCAAAAAUGGAGUGAAAGAUGGCGGUGAUCAGAGACUAAGACUUGAGAACAGAGAGUGUUAAUUAUAGUACGGUGUUACACCUUAAUAUGUUCUUGUAUUCAAUGUUUCCUAAUAAACACUUAAGGCAGA